GAACACGCACACCUACGUGAGCGCUGACAGAUACAGGCGUAAACACUGUGAGUAUGACAGGCUCCUCCACCAGGCGGACAGGGAACCAGCAGACUGAUCUAAGUCCUGAAGAGAGAGGCCAAUGGGCAAACAAGAUUGAAUUUCUGCUGACUGUGGCCGGAGCUAUCAUUGGGCUUGGAAAUGUUUGGAGGUUCCCUUAUCUUUGCUAUAAAAAUGGAGGUGGGGCAUUUUUCAUUCCAUAUGUCCUGUACCUGCUCACUUGUGGUAUCCCACUUUUUGUGCUCGAGACGUCUUUGGGUCAGUACACCAGUCAGGGAGGCAUCACAUGUUGGAGAAAGAUCUGUCCUCUUUUUGAAGGAAUGGGUUAUGCCAGUCAAAUUAUUAUUGUCUAUGGCUCAAUUACCUACAUCAUCAUCAUAGUCUGGGCCUUCCUGUACCUUUUCUCAGCCUUCAGUGUGGAACUGCCCUGGGCCAGCUGCAGCAAUCUGUGGAACACAGAUGCUUGUAUAGUGCUUAGUGUGAAGAAUUCUAGCUCAGGGUGGACGUCUCCUCUCAACGCUUCUUCCUCUGUGAUGGAAUUCUGGCGUCACAGAGUUUUGCGACUAUCCAGUGGAAUACAGCAUUUGGGCACAGUAAGGUGGGACUUGGCUCUUAUUCUCUUACUUGUUUGGAUCUUGAUCUACUUCUGCAUCUGGAAGGGCGUGAAAUCUACUGGGAAGGCAGUCUAUUUCACAGCAACAUUCCCUUACGUUAUGCUCCUGAUACUUCUCUUACGAGGGGUCACUUUACCUGGUGCCAUCAACGGCAUCCACUACUACAUGUACCCAGAUCUGACACGGCUGGCUGACCCACAGGUAUGGAUGGAUGCUGGGACUCAAAUCUUUUACUCUUACGCCAUAUGUCUUGGAUACCUCAGCUCUCUUGGUAGCUACAAUCAAUAUAACAACAACUGUUAUAGGGACUCUUUCUACCUCUGCUUGCUGAAUAGUGGAACCAGUUUUUUAGGUGGGUUUGCCAUUUUCUCUGUUCUGGGACACAUGGCACAGGAGCAGGGGGUGGACAUAUCCCUUGUGGCAGAAUCUGGUCCAGGACUGGUGUUUAUAGUGUAUCCUCAGGCAGUGACAAUGUUGCCAUGGUCUCAGUUCUGGGCUGUGUGUUUCUUUAUUAUGAUCAUCCUCUUGGGCUUUGACAGUCAGUUUGUUGGACUGGAGAGCAUAAUGACGUCAGUGACAGACAUCUUUCCCACUGUUUUGAGACGUGGCUUUCGAAGAGAGCUGCUGCUUUUAGGGAUUUGCCUUGUCUGCUACCUGAUGGGCCUCUUUAUGAUCACAGAGGGUGGUCUGUACAUCAUUCAGUUGUUUGAUCAUUAUGUGUGUAGUGGAGCCACUCUUCUGUUCCUGGCUACUUGUCAGUCUGUAGCCAUUGGCUGGGUAUAUGGUGCUGACCGAUUCUACGAGAACAUAGAAGACAUGAUUGGCUACAAACCCUGGCCCAUGAUGAAGUAUUGCUGGCUCUAUGUCACCCCCUCUGUCUGUGUGGGCACCUUUAUCUUCUCUCUGGUCAAGUACAGUCCCCUGAAGUUUAAUAACACAUACAUGUAUCCGUGGUGGGCAUACGCUAUUGGAUGGUUCCUUGCUGUAUCCUCUCUUUCUCUCAUCCCCAUUAACAUGAUUUACAAACUCUACAAGGGAAACGGUACUUUCUGGGAGCGUCUCCAGUUGGCUUGCACUCCAGCUGAGGAUCUACCUCAGUCUCAGAGACCCUCGGCACAUCAGUAUACUCUGUCAUCCUCUACCGACAGAGAAAAGACCCCAGACAACCUUUAAUGUUCAACUGCCAUUACGUCAAUUGUACUUAUAUAUUAAAAAGCAGUUCAGUCAAUUAGUACCAAAAGGAAAAUCGUUUUUGAUUUCGAAAAAAAAAAAAAAAUAGGUGCAAUAUGAGGCAUAUGACAGUUAAAUGAUAGAUUUAAAAUGCUAAAGUAAGCAACAGCUGAUACAACUGCAUAUGUCCUUUCUUUUGCAUAAAGACAAUAGUGCCUUGUUUCAUAUAAAACAUUUAUUUAUGGACUGUAAUCUAUUAGUGCUGAUUGUGAGUCCACCUUUUUACAAAAUUCUUUAAAAAAACAAUGAUUAUUAGUUUCACAGCAAACACCGAAUCUUUCCUCUAAAGAUGCAGAUACCUUUACUAUGCAAACACAUACUGUACAUAAAUGUCUGCUGCUUUAAAGCAGAGCAGCCAUGACGAACAAAGCAGUCAUGCAUUUUGACAGUUGGGUAUUCUCAGGGGACAGCUUAUUAGAGAUUUUCUUUAUGAUUUUCUCAUGCAAGUUAACCUGCUAUUAGAUAAAUUGAGCCUUUAGGCAUUGAUUUUUUUUGAUCCAUGGUAAGAGAUUUAUAGAUAUCUCUUUCAGUGAUAUUCAGUGUUUCACAUACCUUGUGGGCAUUAUGUAAAAUGUGCUUAAUCAGCGCAAAGGUUUUUGGAAAAUGCAAGUCAUGGACAGGGUGAUAUAUGUAUUUUUACAGUUAUAUGUUUUUUAGUAUGUUGUCUUUAUAGUAAUUUUUUAACUCAUAUUGUAUCUUUUUUAGAUUCAUUUUACAAAUAAAAAAAAACAGUAUAUAUGUAAAAAAAAAAACCCAUAUCAGAUUAGUCUGUAAAUCAAUUAUUUAUACAGACGUGUACAAUGUACAACUUUUUCUUUCUGUCUGGUCAUUUUUCCCAGAUGAUAAAAAAGUAAUGCUUUCAAGUAAUUUAUGCUACUCAUGGACAACAAGCACCCAUUUUUAGGCUCCAACAACAGGAUUUUGUGGGUUAUAACCUCUAUGGCUUUGUUUACUUUUUUCCAUAGACACAGAUUAAGUUUAAUCCAGGAUAUCUGCAUUCUGAAAUGUGAGUUUUCCAUAAAAAUCCUUUUGAAGUCUAGGAUCAUAAAACAUCUGUCCAGAAAACCGGGAUUAUGGUGAUAUUGUUUCCAACUGAUGUUGUCCUGCCAAAAAAAAAUCACAGCUAAGCCAUGUUGUUUAUGCUAUUUCUGUUUAACCCUUUUUGCCUAAC